UGUGUGAUUUGUCGUAUUUAUUAGUAACUUGUCACUGCGGUGCAGACUCGUUGCUGCACACCGGAAUCGAUUCACAUCGAUUGAGAGUUUUGUUGUUGGGGAAAACCCCAAGGUUGCAGACCUAUCGACGGAAAGGUGUAGUGUGAUACGUGCAAUAUUCGGUUCUACGUCGAGUUAUGUGCUAACGAAAGGACCUGGACUAGAUCAAAGCAAGAGUCAAUCAGGAUGGACAAGUGUUUAUUCCUAAUAGCAAUCACCACGAUAGCAGCAUCGUUGGUUAGUGCGCAAACAUCAGCACAAGUACAGAAUCGUCAAAUCUGGAAUAGCUACUGUUCUCAGUCAUCCAGAGGGAAUGUGGCAGCACUAAUGCAUGCCUUCAGCGGUAUCUGUUCCAAUGCCGAUCCGAUUAUAUGCUGUGAGUUGGUGGCGCAAAUUAUUCGAUCCUAUCCGGAUAUGCAUCUCUGUCCAUCUGACACGGGCUAUCAACUAAGCCCGACGGGUUGUGGUAACGAUCAUCAGAGCAAUGCAGCUCCUCCGAGUGAAACUCCGAGGCCAAGCAAUUUUCACUUUCCAGCGGAACAAUUUCAGCCAGAAGCACCAAUACGUAGAGCCGACGAACACAAGACUAGCGAAGGUGCACCUGCCGGGCAUGUUGAAGUGGUGGAGAUAGUGUUCAACUACAACCCCCACGACAACGUUCGGGUAUCCAUUCCGGUUCCAAAGAGUAGCACAAUGCAAGCCAGCGGUCAUACGCAGCAGCCGGUUCCGAUCAGAAAUACACAGAACGGGCGUCCUGUGGGUCAACAGUCUAGUCCGGCUCAGCAUUUAACUCCCCCUGCCGAACUGACGGAUGAUGACGAAGAUGGGCCAGUAGUGCUGUUAAACACACCAGGACAUCAGGCAACGAAGUUUGCUUUAAAUUUGUUUAAGACAAUUGACCGUCCACCAAAUGGCGACUCCGUUAUAAGCCCGCUGCUACCACAGCUGCUACUGUCCAACCUGAUUGAUUUUGCCAACCCUGUAACGCAGCGCCAGCUGAUACAAGCCAUUCAUUUGUAUCCGGAACAGUUGGACAAAAUGACCAAAACGCUCCAGGAUGUUUCGAGAUCCACCGUCAACACGGUGGAAUUCGCUUCCGUCAAUUUUGUGGCCACUAAUCUCAAGCUGAACAAAUCCUUCACGGAAAAUGCUCGACUGCGUAAUGUUGACGUUCUGCCGGUAAAUUUCAAUCAACCGAACCAGGUAGCUCGGACGGCUAACAAAUGGGUUUCGGACAAAACUCACCGUCUGAUCAAUGAAAUCGUCAGCCCUGGAUCAUUGAGUUCAAACACGCGUUUACUGCUUGCCAACUCCAUAUUUUUCAAAGGCAAAUGGAAGUACACAUUCGUUCAAACGGAACCGGGUCAGUUCGAGUCAUCUCCGGGGAACACGCACAAUGUCAAUAGCAUGUAUCAGCUGAAUAAACUUCGUUACGGUGAAUUGAAAUUUCCCGACGGUAACGGUUUUCGCUGGGUGGAGUUGCCCUACGAAGGGGACACGCUAGCAAUGUUAAUACUGCUGCCAUUAAGACGUCAUCAACUGGAAGCUUCCCUUCAGCAACUGCAAGCGGAGGAUCUCGCACGAAUAAUGGCCCAGAUUGACAAUUCCUUUAUCACCACGAAGGUUAAUCUUCGUCUGCCGAAAUUUACACUGACUGAUUCCGUGUCUCUGAAUGGACCCCUCCAGCGGCUCGGUUUGGAUUCAAUCUUCCACGAUGGAGAUUCGCUGCGGCAUUUGAGUAAUGAGCAGGUUGUCGUAUCGGAUGUAACUCAACGGACGUACCUGAGCGUAGACGAACAGGGAACGAAAGCUACCUCGGUGGCGUCGCUGUCGAUUGUGCCGCUAAGUAUUACCACACCGUACCGGGAGAUUCGCUUCGAUGUGGACCAGCCCUUCCUGGCGAUGAUUGUUGACAAGAACGAACGGUAUCCGGUUUUCAUCGGACAGAUCUACGAGCCAUACGAGUGACGUUUACUUUAAGUAAGUGAAUGGAUGGACUUUGCUAGGAAGAACAUUUGAUUUUCUAGCAGCCAUCCA